AUGGCUAUUGACACCGAUAACGGACCCCCCAUUGACGCAGCGAGCGACAGCCAGCCUGCCGUGACCAAGGCGCCGCGCAAGUUCAAGGCCCGCUUCUUCAGAUCCAAGAUGCGCCUCCCGCGCCAAGUGCCCCCGCCGCUCAACCUGCGCGAUACCUCGCCCGCCUGCGCCACCCCGGUCGUCGCCCCAAGCCCCAUGUCGCCUACGCCCGUUAACGUUGCCUGCCUCCCGCGCCUCGACACGCACAUUACCCUCUCGACCGGCGCCGCCGCCACUCCCACGGCUGCCGAGAGCGAGCAUGUCAUCGGCGUGUCCGUCGUCCGCGCCAUCCAGGGAUACUUCAAGCGUCUUAUCACCGCCCUGCGCGACGGCAGCGAGUUCGAGGAUCUCCGCCCAUGGCUACUGCGCGCCCCCAUGUGCCAGUACUCGCCUGAGAUGCCUGCGCACCUCCGCCCCAUGGCGCUCCGUCUGGUCGAUGAACUGGUGGACGAGAACAUGCGCGAGAGUGACGCUUACCUCGACCUAGCGCAGCUCGUGCUGCAUGUCAGUGGACGUCGGCGCGAGGUCCUAGGCCGCCCGACCCGUGCGUUCAAGUGGUAA